GGGGAGCUAGAGAGAAAAAAAAGAGGAGCUUGAGGGAAAGCGUGAGACGAGUGGGGGGUGAGAGUUGUUGAUGGGUUUUUGAUGUGACUGAGGGUGGAGAAGAGAGGUAGACAGGAAGAAAACAAGAGAGAAGCAGAGCUAGUGCAUGCUAUCAGGCCUCCUGACAAAACCAGGCAGAGAGAGGCAGAACAACUUUGACUCGUCUCUCUUUCUCAACACCACCUAUUCAGGAGGAAGGAAACACAGAGAGACAACAACUGAUCGAGAGAGAGAGAGAGAGAGAGAGAGAGAGAGAGAGAGAGAGAGACUGACUGACUGACAGACAGAGAGGCAAGUCAGCCUGACCCAUUGGGAAGAGAGACUUACAGAGGACAGUCCAACUCAUCAGACGAAACAGAGGAAGGAAGGAGACAGACAGAGGCAGAGAGUGAGACAGCAAGAUAAAAAACCCCAUCUUUCUGAGAGGAAAUUCUGGGUGGAAUGACCCUGUCAUGAUGUCACUGUCAUUGCGUACCCCACGCCCAGGUGAUCAUGGUGGGCGUGUCUGGCUAUCAGCCGAUCACAGAGGGAGUCCCAACAGAGUCACUUCCGGUUCAUAUUUAGAAGCACUUUUUCUCAGAAGCCUCCUGCAUCACUGACACUUCGCCUCUUCGGCUGUAGUUCCUGUGCCCACCUCCUCCACCUCUGGUUCCUGUGGAGUUCUUACUGUUUCCUUAAAAACUACCGUGGGAUGUUGGUGUUGUUCUGUGGCAGUUGCCAUGGAGAUAGAUGGGUUCCUUUACUAGGCCAUUUCCGACACAACUUCCAGAUGUUGUGCCAGAUGCAGUGUGUCCACACGGACAGAAUUAGACAAGGACAGGCACAGAGGUGCUGUGCAGCUCAGCUUCCUGAUUCACACUGUAUGACAACAUCACAGCAGGAACUAUAGGACUUCCUAUUCCUGUGGAACCUCUUGCUCUGCCCUCUGGCACUUGUGAGGACCUACUUGACCCUGUUGCACAAAAGUUAGUUAGUACUCUUAUACCCCAGCAUAGAAACCAUGCGACACAUUCACGUGGAGUUAGCCCACAAAAAGGCUCCAUUAGAGCUUCCAGCCCAGGAGGGGGACUUGCCUCCACCUACGGCUCCAACACAAAGCCUGGACCCUGGGGUCAGACCAGGGGCCCCCAGGCACUUUGGUCAGGAGGAGCUGCGACUUCAAAAGGUCUACCAGCUCUCCAUUUUCUCCCAGUUGGGGGGAUUUUCUACCUCCACAGAAUCUCACACUGAUGCCCAACAGAGACCUGUUCGGUUGGGUGUGAAAAGGGGGCUAGAUGAGCCCCAGUUGACUCACAAGCGCCCCCACCUGGGGGAUUCCUCAGACAGAGAAGCAUUGGAGGGAGGGGUGCUGUGUGGGCCAGCCCCAACCCCAAAUGUGGGGAUGGGGUUAGUGAUGGGCCAUGGUGGGCCUGGUUCUGUAUACUCUUGCACACAGAUGGAGCACAGAGACUCUGAGGGGGGACUAUCACCCAGGUCUCCACCCCUCUCCCCAAGCCACAACCCCUCCCGACGCCCAACUCAGCACAAUCACGACAGGCCCAUUCCUGAUGUCUUUGCUCCACUCUCACCUAGAUCCCCCCCAAUGUGUGACCCACAUGGGCAUCUCUGUGAUCAGGGUCAUUCUCUUGGAAGCUCAGUCAGGACUGAGCAACCUAGUGGGGGCCGCACACCCACCUACUCACUAGGUAGCCCUGGAAAUGAGAGUUGUAGUAAUGGUAUGUCUGGAGGCCAGCCUAGCCCCCACUUAUAUGAAAUAUCCACAUAUGAGACUCCCAGUCCCGCCAGCCCCACCAGCCCCCCAGGCCCCUUUUCCCCCCCUCAUCACACAGAGCUGCAGGAACCAGGGGAGGCCACUGAAUGGGAAGUUGGACUUGAAUCCUCCCCACCGGAGCGAAGUGCCACUCAGGCUGCAUCCACCUCCUCUAAUGGCCUGGCCUCCUGGGAGAAGACUCCUAGCAGUAAUGGCCACCGUCUAUCCUCUGGAGGUCACUGGCCAGCCAAAAAGAGGCUUUUGUCCCCAAGUGACACGGGGGAGUCAUGUUCAGAAGAUGAGGGACCCUCCACUUCCAAAAGGAGCAGGCUGUCAUUGCUAGCUUCAGGAAUGGGCCCAGCCUCUUGUCGCAGCACAGAUGCAAAAGCCGCACCUUUCUGGAACCAUCUGCUGCCUUCCGCAUGGGACCGGCCUAAGACUGCCACAGACUGCACGAGAUCAGGGAGGCGACUAAAAAGUGGGCUACGUCUAAAGAGUCGGCAGCUGCGCAGCGGCAGACACACAGACAGCGGGCGUACCACACGUUCCAGUUUGCCCUCAUCUUCCAUCAGCAGAUCACUACUAGGCAAUUUUGAGGAGUCCAUACUGAAGGGACGCUUCUCCCCAUCAGGCCGGAUUGAAGGCUUCACGGCAGAGAUCGGUGCCAGUGGCUCGUAUUGCCCACAACACGUCACCCUGCCUGUGCAGGUUACAUACUACGACAUCUCAGAGCACAGCGCACCCUCACCCUUCCUGGGGGUGAUAUCCCUCGAGCCUCUUGGAAAGAAAGGAUACAGCAUACCCAAAGCAGGGACCAUUCAAGUGACCUUAUUUAAUCCCAACAAAACUGUGGUGAAGAUGUUUCUGGUGACCUACAACUUCGGCGACAUGCCCGUCAAUCACAUGACUUUCCUGCGCCAUCGUAUCUUCCUGGUGCCUGUAGAGGAGGGCACGGAGGGGAAGAGCGAGGUGUCUCCAGGGAGCACAGUGCUAGACAGGAAGAAGAUUCUCUGUUACCUGAUACAUCUAAGAUUCCAGAGCUCCAAAUCUGGGAAGAUCUACUUGCACAAUGAUAUCCGGCUGCUAUUUUCCCGCAAAUCCAUCGAAGUGGACACAGGGAUCCCUUAUGAGCUGAAAUCUUUCACCGAGGUGCCAAGAAACCCUAAGUACUCCCCCCGUGUGUGACCCCAGCUUGACCCUUUGACCCCUCCCUGAACACCUACGCAGCCCCUCCUGUGCUUCCUAAAGAGGAGGGAGGAAAACAGACAGACUGCUAGAAUGAUGGACACAAAACUUGAUAAGACUUGUUGAGACAUGCCACAUGCACACAAGACACAUGUGCACAUAUGAUACAGUGUUGGUCAAAAGUCCCACUUUAAGACAUUUAUCCUGCAUAAAAACAUUCAAACAGUCAAAACAAAUUGGCGGAAGAAAAUGUCUUGCAAACCAAACACGGCAUUCCUCGUACCUUCCAUUCACAGAAUAUGCUGAAAGUAUAACAAUAUUUAACAUUAGUGUAGCAGCAGGCCAGCAUGCAGGCAAUCAAAAGCAGGACUUUUACAAUACUUUCAUCUGUACAGAGAAAUGCACAAACACUGACAUGCACACAACAGACCGAAAACAGACUGACAAGACUCACGCACAGCACAUCCUACACGCGUCACUGCUGAAACACUUCUGGUGGCGACUCUCUGAGUUCAGUGUUAACAUGCAUGCCUUGUGACUUAAACACCUGAGUUUUCCUCUAGUGCUGUAUCACACUGUCCUUCACUCUGCCUGCAGCUGCAAAUAUCGUCCUAGACCAAUAAUUAUAACUCCACAUGUUUGGAUGUGAUUUAAAAAAAAAAAAAAAAAAAAGCCACAAACAAUUAGCACACGCUACGAUUGUGGGGUGGUUAAGAUGUAUAUCCCCCUCUAUAUCCUUUACACACCAGCGGAGAGGAGAUGAGCAGAGACACAAGCACUAGUGAAAGUGAUCAGUCAUCUUGAUCAGAUGUCUUAUCAGUUGAAAAAAACCCCACACCGACAUGAUCUGACCCAACUCAGGACGUCUGUGGAAGAAUCAAUUUACCUUCUAACCAUUUCUCUUAUCAUGGUACAGACCGCUGUGUACAGUUCAAGCCAGGAGGGUCAUACCAUGUCAUGAAAAAAACAGGGGAAUCCAGUUCAUUUUAUGUAGCCAGACUGAGGGACACUGUGCUGUUUUCUUUCUUUAAAAUUUUCUUUUUUUUUUAGAUUCUGUUCAGAACAGUAUGAUGUUGGAGCAGAAAAUGAAAAAAAGAAAAAUAAACAAGCUGUAGUAUUUUUAAUUUAUGUUUUCGCAGAUGUCUUAAUAAGCAAUAUGCUGCACAAAGUAGAGUGUGUUUUUCAGCCGGACGACCUUUCUCUCUGGAGG